AUGGCUAAACCUGACCUCGUAUCCUGGCUGGAAGAGGAGGAAGAGCCUUUUCUCCUGAUCGCUGAAGAAGAAGGGGAAUUGGCAGGCAACAAUGAAAAGACACCCUUGAUGCCUUUUCUGCCAUCUCCUCCGUGUGGUGAAGGGAAAAGAGGCCCCACGAAGCUAGCUCAGGGUGGGGUGUCCUUUGAGGAGGUGGCUGUGUAUUUCACCCACGAGGAGUGGACGCUGCUGCGCCCAGCCCAAAGAGCUCUGUACAAGGAAGUUAUGCUGGAGAAUUUUGGGAACGUAGCCUCUCUGGGUGAGGAUCUUUUCCCCCUGGGCUGUCCCCUUCUUGCUGUGAGAAGCAACUGUAACCUGGCCCAUGUGAGAGGGCAUCAGAAGCUGUGCCCGGGGAUGCCUGGUCUGGAGAAGCCAUAUAAAUGCAUGGAGUGCGGGAAAAGCUUCAGAAGUGGAAACCUAAUUUCCCAUCAAAGAAUUCACACAGGGGAGAAACCAUAUAAAUGCCUGGAGUGUGGUAAAAGCUUCAGGAGGAGUGGAAACCUUACCAUGCAUCAAAUAAUUCAUACUGGGGAGAAGCCAUACACAUGCAUGGAGUGUGGGAAAAGCUUCAGGAGCAGUGGAAACCUAAUUUCCCAUCAAAGAAUUCACACAGGGGAGAAACCAUAUACAUGCCUGGAGUGUGGGAAAAACUUCAGUCGGAAUUACAGUCUUACUUCCCAUCAAAGAAUUCAUACAGGGGAGAAACCAUAUAAAUGCCUGGAGUGUGGGAAGAGCUUCAGUAGGAGUGGAGAUCUCACUUUCCAUCAAAGAGUUCACACAGGGGAGAAACCAUAUAAAUGCCUGGAGUGUGGGAAGAGCUUCAGUAGGAGUAGAAAUCUCACUUUCCAUCAAAGAGUUCACACGGGGGAGAAACCAUAUACAUGCCUGGAGUGUGGGAAAAACUUCAGGCGGAGUGACAGUCUUAGUUCCCAUCAAAGAAUUCACAUGGAGGAGAACCCAUAUAAAUGCCUGGAUUGUGGGGAAAGCUUCAGUUCGAAUAAAGGUCUUACUUCCCAUCAAAGAAUUCACACAGGGGAGAAACCAUAUAAAUGCCUGGAGUGUGGGAAAAACUUCAGGCGGAGUGACAGUCUUACUUCCCAUCAAAGAAUUCACAUGGAGGAGAAACCAUAUAAAUGCCUGGAUUGUGGGAAAAGCUUCAGUUCGAAUAACGGUCUUACUUACCAUCAAAGAAUUCACACAGGGGAGAAACCAUAUACAUGCCUGGAGUGUGGGAAAAGCUUCCGUGAUAGUGGAAACCUAAUUUCCCAUCAAAGAAUUCACACAGGGGAGAAACCAUAUAAAUGCGGGGGCAGGGAUGGUAGUUCAAAGACAAAACCCACCCAUUCUAGCAACCCACCUUUGAAAUUCACAGAUCCUUAA